CGCCGUUCAUAGAUAAGAACUUGUCACAUUUCUUCGGUUCUUAUUCAGUCUUUCUGCGAAUUCCGCCCAUUCCUGAUCGCGUAGUGAAAAUUUAGUCCAAGAAGAACUCGCGAUAAAGUGCAAUAGUUUUUAAGUGAUAGUUAUAUAAAAAAAACGCGAGAUUAAUAAAAUGCUUGGAUUGUGCAAAAUAUCCCUUGCAAAAGUGUAUUAAACGUUGAAUUUUCCAAAUUUUCUUAGAAUUUAUCUGAAAAUGUGCAUAUUUUUACAGUGAGGUAUCUUAUCGUUAUCUCUCCUUAUCACUAACUUUUUUUGAUAAGCGCACCGAAUUUAAUUGAUUCGUCUUCAGUUAGUCAGUGUUUGACUUUAGGAGUGUUUGGUUGAAUUUACUUCUCAAAAGUGCAUUGAGUAAGGUCUCAGGGAAAGUGAAAUGGGUAUUUAUUGAAAAAAAAAGAAAACAAAUAAAAGUGUUAUCAUUUCGUGCGUAAUGACUUGAAGAUUGCGACUAAAUAUUCCAGUGUUUAGCAAAUCGAAAAGAAAUUCUUAUUCAACAUGACUGAAACCAUUCCCCUUACCCCAGAUCGCUCUGUAAAAAGCUACGAUUUUGGGCAAAGUGAAUCGCUAUCGCAAGAUAACGACCGAACCAUUGAUUCUUCAAUCACUGCUUCAACUUCGAUUCCCUUGAGGGAUUUCAGGGUUAAGUACAGAGAUUUUGACCGGCUGCCACAGACCAGUCAGCAGUAUGUUGAGAAUCGCAGUAUCUCGAGAUAUGGCAAUGCUUGGUCCAAUGCCUUUCCAUUUUCCCGCGCUAAGGUUCAAAGUGAAGUUCUCCCAGUGGAUUCUGUGGGUUGGUUCAGCAAUAUCACUUGCUCCUGGAUCAAUAGAUACCGAAUCACUCGGGAUAAGUUGCAGAAAAUAGCCAAUUUGCCUCAGCACCAUCGAAAUUUGGUCACUGAUGCACCUGGAGCUCAACCUAAAGCUCCCUCCAUGGACAGUGUUGAGAUCAAUGGACGCAGGAUGAAGGGAAAGUAUCGAGAAGAACUACAGGUUCAUGGUCAAUUGAAGGGAUCAAUGUUCAGAGUAGCACUGAAAUUCUGCAGAACCAGACUCAUCUUUUCCACACUGUUUCACUUCUUGGCAAUCCUUGUGAGUUUCCUAGGACCAAUUCUCUUCCUCAACCUCACGCUUCAUUCCAUGAGAAAUGAAUUUGAAGUAGAGAACAACAGGACUUUGGAGGAAAUGAGUAAAUCUUCAGUCAAUGCAAGUCAGGAUCAAUUGGUUAAUUCUACUGAUCCUAGGAUGCAGUUCCAGAGAGAAGUUGGAAUUCCUGUUCUCGAUCGUAUUGGAUUUGCCGUUGGAAUAGCACUGUGCUUUUUUCUCAAGACGCUCCUUUUGAGCACCAGCAAUUGGAUCAAUAUGAGAACUGCCAUAAGAUUGAGGACAGGAUGCUUGGCUACGGCUUUUGAAAGUGUGAUGAAGAGUGUUGUGACUUAUAACAUUGCUCCUCAUCAAUUGAUGACCCUCGUUAUGGAUGAAAGCGAAUACAUUAUGGAGAUGAUCAUGAAGGGUCAACGAUUUCUAGGAACUAUCUUCAGUUUAAUAAUAUCCUUCAUCCUUGCGACAUCCUUGCUAUCUACACCAGGGAUGUGGCCACUAUUUGUCGUCUUUGGACUCUUGAUACUUGCAUUUCCUCUGGCGAAGAUAUCAACGUUCCACCUGCGAAAAUCCAUGUCACAUUUGGCAAAGAAGUUAACAGUAGUUGAAGAAUUUUGUCUCUACUUCAGAGAUAUUGUGAUAUUUGGAAAUAUGAGGACUACUAAAAAGAAUUUUCUUAACGCAGCUGAAGAGCAAUAUUCCUCCUCAAAGUGGUCAUCGAUUUUCUCAACAAACUUCUCUGGGAAGCUAACUUCUGCCAUGCUCCUGGGAGGUCUUUAUAUGAUGUGGUGUGAUCCUCAAGUUCAAACCGAAAGCAUUGAUGUCCUAACCCUGGUAAUAUUGUACGCUUUCAUUGUACAAAACUCCGUUGUUGAAUAUUUUCAAUCACUUGGAGCUAUUUUCACUGGGAAAUCCGUUAUGGACAAGCUAAUGAAUAUCUACAAUUUAAAGUCAUCCAAUUCGGCAAAGCAUAAACCAGAAUCUUACAGGGUCAUUUCGAUCUACGAUAAAGAGUUUAGGUGGCAUUCCUCCAGCGAUAAACACAAUGAACCUCCAAAGGAAGAAAUUGUUUUGAAAGUAAAAGAAUUCUACGUGGCUAGUGAUCAGAUAGUUGGUAUCACAGGACCUCCAAAGUCGGGAAAAUCCAUGUUGCUCUACUCUAUUCUAGGCCAUACAGAGUAUUUACAAGGAAUGGUUGGAUUUUCAAAAGGAGCCUUUCAGAAACGCGGCAAAAUUGCAUUCUUCCCAGAAAAUUGCGCACUAUCAUUGGGUACACUCAAGGAUAACAUCUUAAUGGGGGCAGAUUUCGAUGAGAAACUCUUCUACGAAGCCGUAAAUGGGGCUCAACUCAAUGAUAUUCUCAUUCGUCCUGGGAUAGAGGAUGAAGACAUUGGAUCCUUGGAACUCAGUGUCGCACAAUUGGAUAAGAUCACACUGGCUCAAGCAAUUUACACAAAUCGCAAUAUUAUCCUGCUGGACAAUCCAAUGAGCAGAUACAGUGAAGCAACGGAUGGUGAAGUCUUCAGGCUAUUCAACAACUUCUUCAACAUUCUCAGGAACCAGAAGAAAACGGUCGUUUUGGCAACCCAAGAUCACAAUUUCUUAGCACUUUGCGGAAGGAUCUACAUCAUGGAGGAUUGCAGUGUUGCUACUGAACUAAACUACCACGAUCUGGAAAGCUAUCCUAACUACGAAAACUGGAAUAAGAACUACGGCAAGUUAAGAAAUGUGAUCAAUGCUGAGAGAUUUGAUGGUUGCAAUUCAGCAGCAAUAUCUCCGAUGGUCAGAAAGGAUAGCCAAAAGGCCAAAGGACACCUAAACGGUGAAGGAGCAGCUUCUGAAUCUGAACAGGUCCUAAUAGAUAAAGAAAAAGGCACAGACUCCUCAAUUGGUAUUGGAAGUUUCGUUCUUAUCUCCUCAUUCCUUGCAAUUCUGCACCUAUUGAUCGGCGGGACUUACAUCACACUCCCAGGAUACGUUAUCCUGGCUCAAAUACUCCCAAUUGAGCUAUGGAUCUCUCUUAUAAGUUUCGGUUUUAUCUGCAUAUCCUUCAUAUUGGAGCUCAUUGAUAGACUCUACACCUCGAGGAUAUCAGAAAAGUUCUCCAUGAAGCAAGAUAAGGAAAAACUUGAACUGCUACUGUCGACAUCAAUGAACUUCCUCUACAACAGAUCGGUUUCUGAUUUGGUCUACAUGUUCAUGGAAAAUUCUCAAGCACUCAUUCAAGCCCAUCGGAAUAUCAUUCACAAAAUUUCACUGAUUCUGGUUGCAACGGGAUUCCUGAGUUUUACAAAUCCCUGGACAACUAUUGUGAUAGUACUUUUAAGUAUCGGAUGUACCUGGAUCUAUAUUUUUCUGAAGACAACAGUGGAAGAGUUCUAUGGGAAGGAAUUUGAAAUAAGGCGCAAGAUGUUCAGGCAUAUUACCAAUUCUAUUAGAACGAGGCAAGUUUAUGGAACCACUUCUAAAUCCUUCAGAACUCUCUACAAUAUGUUGGAGGAUAACUCAACUCUUCAGUUCAUUCGAAAAUGUGUAGUCCACCAUGCUCUUUUCUUAAUGAAUAUUUUCCUAGCUCUUGGAUUUUUCUGCACCUGCUGUUUAAUGCUGCUACUACCAAAUGCAUCCUUGGAUGAACAACAACUUCGAUACACCUAUGGAAUCCUUCUCUACCUAAUCAUUGCCAGGAAUUUCCAGGAAAUCAUUCAAAACGGACUAUUUGACAGAGUCGUUGCUGCCAAAAACGCAAGGAUCUUAUCAGAUCUUGUACAUGAUCUUGAUAGAGCGAGAAGUUUCGACGUUGUAGAGUCUGUAUCAGAUUACAGCAAGAGUCUAACAGUGAGCUUUAUGAAUAUCACCUGUAAAAUGGGCAAUGUUCGGAAGCUAAAUAUAAAGGAUGUUCACGUAAAUGCUGGAGAAAAAAUUGGACUUCUUAUGGAUGGAUCGCAUUUACUAGUACCAAUGCUAGGAAGGGUCCUAAUACCUCAAUCUGGUGUUAUAUUUUUCGGCCAGAAGGACAUUGCAUCCUUCCCAGAUACAAUUUUCUGCAAAAUAGUCGGAUUCAUCUCCAGCAAUCUUCAGCCAAGUUCUGCGACAAUACUGUCUAUCAUUGAUCCUUACAAUGAGCGAAAAGAGGAAGAUUUAAUGGAAGCUCUAAGAUAUUUUGAACUUGGUCAGAAAAUAUCUAUCCUUCCCAAGCAAUUGAACGAUACCAUUUCGCAUUUAACUGCCGAUGAAAAGCAAAUACUGUGCCUGGUGAAGAUCUGGUUAGAGAGGCCAAUUAUCGUUAUCGUUGAGAAUCCUCAUCCAGAUGCACUUAACAAGAUAAAUUCGACAAUGAAUGAUUCCUUUAAGGAUGCAACAAUCAUCAAAAUAGCAACUAGUCAGCAUCAAUUAAUAUCAUGCAAUCGUAUUUUGUAAAUUAUUUUAUUCUGCAUUGCAAAUCACUUUGCUACUUCAUCAAAAAUAUAUUCAUGUUCGUUACAGAAA